AUGGGAGCUACGGAGUCAUCAUCACUAAUCCAGACGAGAACACCAGCCACAUGGGUGUGGAAGUCGGGUGAUAAUCCUUGGUCUGAAACUGAUGAUAGCUGGUGUCAAUAUACAGAUCCUGAAAUUUAUAUGAUCGAAGAUGCUUACCAAAAGAAAAAAAGUAUAGUAGAAAUAGAAGACUAUUGGCUUGAUCUCAAAAAUCUUGUUCAAAUCAAUAAAAAUGACACAAACAAACAAAGACCAAUUAAACGGAUAGAAGUAGGUGAUAAAAGUUCAAGAGUUCGAGCAUCACAACGAUUCGUAUUUCAUGAAACACAAAUUACAAAAAAAUCGUUUAGUCCAGUUGGAAUUUGGGGUUGGUCUAAAUUUCUUGCUGCAGCAGGUUUCCGUGCACGUAUCUCUGAUACUGAAUUAUCAAGCCGAGUUGAAGCUGCAGCUCAAGGCAUCUUAGAAGAAGGAAAAAUACUCAACAGGGAAAAAGACGCCGAGUGGAUGGCAAGAAUCCUGUUAGCAUCAAAAAAUAAACGAGCUAACGAGAUUGGCGAAGUCUGUGUUAGACUAUACACAAUGGAAAGUUUCCUUUAUAGACUCAUCAAUCAGGUGAUGAGAGAUGCAGUAAUAGAGAAAAAGGAGGGAACCAAUGACGCUUAUGAAUUUGUAUUCGAAAGGGACCGAAUCUAUGGUAAAAAUUUAGGACCCUAUUGCAGUUUACUAUUAGGGUACCUUUGGCAACAUUUGACUCAUCGAGAAGUAACCGUCUAUCGAGCUGCUAGAUUGGAACCAGCAAUGAUUGAUGAUUAUCAACAGCACUUAGGUGAAUUUGUUGAAUGGGAUGGUUUUUCAAGCACAACAACAUCAUUUAAUCAUGCAAAAAGUCUCGAAACAAAUGUCAUUUUUCGUAUAAAAAUUCCUUGUGGACCCCAUCCCAGUGUGGAUAUACAAUGUCUAUCAGAAUUUCCUAAUGAAGAAGAAAUAUUAUUACCAGCUGGAACAUGGGUCAAAAUUGAAAAAGUAACAAGGGAUGAAACUUUGGGAGUGAUCAUUAUUGACAUGAUAAAGUAA